AUGGCCGGAGUCGUUGAUGCAAUCGGGGUUAUCUCCGGUCUCUUGACAAUCGUGUCGUUCAGCAUGGACAAUUUUGGCCAGGAUCAAGAUCCUGGUUCGACCAUCAAGGUUGCCGUUGGUCUUGACGGUCCCGGCGGCACUGAGAAUGCUGGUGGUGACCUGCCCGAUGUCCGCAUCUGGAACGAUUUUGGAGAGUACAAGGCCAUGACUGCCGACCCUGGCUCUGUUAGCAACGGGAACAUUGGCACCAUCACGGUCGACCACGACCAGCAGGGUGUCUACUCCCUCUUCUCGGCCAACAACGACGCCAUCUGCAUUGCCUGGGUGACCACAACCUGGGCCGAGACUGCAGGCGGCAACAAGUAUGCGGUAUCUGGAGACUACGGCGAAGCCUGUGGCGGAACCUGGUACGAGAGCAACCUGUGGACCAAUGGAGAGAACUCCUACCAGCCCAAGUGCUUCUGGAUUGACGGCAACGGCGACCAGCCCAACACCGGGUUUCAAGUACGCUGGCCCCGGUACUCGUCUGACCAGUUCGACGAGGGCAACACCGACCCGGCCAACAUCUGUAACGAUAUCGACUUUGGCCUCCGCACCGAGGAGGACCCCAGCAGCAUCAACUACUGGGUCAAGGGUAAGAAGCGUGAUCUGAACAGCCGCCGCAUGCGUGCUCGCCGCGAUGUCCGCGCUCCUUGGACCGAGACCGAGCUCGUCGUUAGUGAAUCCAAGUUCCACUCUGCCGUCAAGCUCUGCGAAUCCGAGACCUCCAUGGGGCCCGACUUUGUGCACGUUGAGGAAAACAUUUUUUGCGACAUGGGAGCAAAGAAGGCAUACCCUCUCUGCACUGGUAGUGGUGUCGGCACCAACACCACGGCCACGUCCCAAACCUGCUUUGAUCUUGAGUCCAAGAACCUGUUCUCUGGGGGUGCCGUCAAGCGAGCCAGCCCCUACACCAGUAUUCGCGACUGGCGCUCCAAGAACCCGGCUACCAUCUAG